GGAUGUAUUUGCUCGUUGCGCCUAUGGUCACAGGCUUACUGUGGAUUCUAUGGAAAUAUGUCGUACGGCUCUACUUCGUCCGAAGAUUUUAUGAGAAGCAGGGCAUCCGCUUCGUAAAAAAUAGUUACCCUAUCUUCGGCCCAGAGAUGUUUGUUAAUGGGUUGGUGGCCAACAACAAAACACACGAUUGGCUUUAUACGGAGCGUCCAACGGACCUCUAUGGCUCCGUUCGGGGUUUCUCCGUCCAGCUUUACACUACGGAUGCGGAAUCAUGCGAGGAACUCAUCGCCAAGACUGGGCAUUAUGUCGAUAGAGAUACGCCUGCAAAAUACUCGUUCGGUCGGAUGAGUCCUUACGCGCUGACCUUCUACCAUCUGAACGAUGGACGUUUCAAGGAGAGGAAGGUCACGCUGACACAAGGCAUGAAAGACAGCAGACGCCUAUACGAGAUACUCCAGAGACAGGCUCAAAUAGCACUGGAACGCUUCAGUGUGAAAUCUGAAACGGGUACAACUAUCAACAUCCGUGAUAUUUUGGACAGCUGGACUCGAGAGUCAAGCGGAGAGUCCAUAUGGGGAAGCAAUAUCAAACGAGAAAUCAAAGUAUACGACAUCAACGGAGAGCUGAAAUCCUUCCCCUUCAUGGAGGCUCUAAAUGAAACUUUCACUGAUUUGCGUUUCAACGCCUUCCGAUUUUGGCAUCGAGUUUGCUUUCCACUUGCUGCCAUGCCCCUCACGAAAGAGUCUCGUCGCCUUGGGUACAAUGUCAAGGUUAUACGCAAAGCAGUUGAAGAUAUGAUGACUACGCCUGAGCCCAAAUCGGUGGCUUCGCUCGUCCAGAAGGCCAAUGAAGGCCUUGGGAUCCCAAAAUUGGCUAACACAUUUUGGUAUGGCAGCAAUACUCGCGAUGACCUCAUGACAGCCACCAUCGCUGGACUAGACACUAUCAAGUCAGCUGUGAUGGAGGCAUUGUUCCACCUUCUCAAUCCCAAGAAUGCGUCAUGGAAGCAGCGCAUUCUAGACGAAAUCAAAGAUGUCAAAGAAAGAAACGGAGACUUGUUUGCAGAACUCCCACAAAUGCCGGUGCUGAGCGCAUUCCUCCUCGAGACGUUGCGAUACGAGCCCCCGGGCUCCCUGUUCAACAACAGAGCCAAGAAAGACUUUGAUCUAUCUGUGCAUGGUAAGAAGUAUAGGAUUAAAUCCGGUACACGGAUUGUCACCAGUAUCCACGGUCUUCACCAGAACGAGGAAAACUGGCGGAAAAAGGUAGGCGUCGAGAUGGCACCACUGACUGAAUUCGACCCCAACCGCUUCCUGAAAAACGCCGAUGCUAUCAAUAGCUCGGGCUGUUUUAUGCCUUUCGGCAAGGGGCCUAGACGAUGCCCUGGCCAGGGCGCAGGUUUAAUGAUGACGAAGGUCUUUCUCGUUGCGUUUCUCAACCACAAUCCAAAUUGCAGGCUCGUUCUGCCUGAGAAUCUGGGCAAUGAUGCAGCGUGGUUCAACCUGUACAGUAGAGCUGGUUAUGAGAUUAUCUGUGAUGAUAAGCCGGAGGCAACAAACUAACAGGCCUUUCAUCUCUUCCUUGGUAUCUCGAGUCUUAGAUGCUUGGUGACUAGGGGCUGCCACUGGUGCGAUUAUGAAGGGGUGCAGUACCUCGAGUUGCUGAAACAGGACCAAAAUAACUUUGGGCGGGUUUUCUUUAGAGAGAAAUACAAGAACUUUUCC